UGGCGUCUUUGUUUACGUUUUCAUCGAUAUUGAAAUGAAAGUGGUUUUCUUUCCGAUGUGAAGGUCUUUUUUUGAGAGUUUAUGGUAUUUUUUUAAAAACUAAAAUCAUCAAAGAUGCUUCAUGUAACAACUGAAGUAGGAAAACCUGGCAAAAGAGAGAGAGAGAAAAGACAUUAUCCUCAUAUCCAACACACACCAGAUAAAACUAUAUUUAAACCUACUGGUAGGAGAUAUAUACCACAUGGACAUGGUCCAUCAGGAGACUGGACUAGACCACACGCUCAAAGUGUACAAGUAGAGUAUUCAAAAUGUGGUCCAGACUGGGAAUCUAAACUAAGGUACAUUCCCCAUCCUCAAAGAGAAGAAUAUCCAGCCAUGGAAAUCUGGGAGAAUAACUGGAAAUCAAUGAGAGCCUACCCUUUUACAUACCGGCGUAGUAAUACAGAGUGGUUGUUAGACCCUGAUCAUCAUCGUGUUGGAUUACGCUGUUAUUUUAACGGCUCCCAUAAAGCUACAAUGACUUCAGAAAGAGAGUUGUCACAUUCAAUGUUAUUUGGUAAAAAUAGAAAAGAUUGGGCUAUAGACAAGAGAAAUCAGAUACCAGAAGCCUCAGCUGGAGAUAAAAACUACCAAGUUGUAGAAUAUUCACCAAAUUUCCAUUUCGAAGGUUCCACAAGACCUAUUGUACAGUUUGGUUCUCAGGCAUCUAGUAUGAAACCACUAACAUUUAUACCAUUACAGACUUUACCUCCAAUAGAUCAUAAUAGUUUUGAGAGAAAAGAAAAGGAAAGAGUACUCAAAGAAGAUAUUACAACAGUAGAAAAACUGGAAUCCUGGAAACCAGCCACACCUCUACAUCUUACAAUACCCCAGGAGGAACCAAAAAAACUAGCUCCAAGUUAAUGUGGUCAUGUCAAAUUUUUAUAAAUACCACAAUCACUGUUUGUUAAUUCCUUAUGAUUGAAUAUUGAUUUUUUACAUACAUAAUCAUAUCAGAAUCAGGAUC